AUGGCGGCCGGUCGAAGAUCAAUAACGACUCUGGGGCAAGAGGCUAUCCACGACGCCGCCGACGCAGAGGCAGCUGGCACCAAAACGCGCCAAUGUCUUUACUAUCGCCUCCAAAAUGACCGCGUCUGCAGCGUUGACGAGCUAAUCGGCGACCAGGGCUACCACCUGAUCUCAAAGCUGAUCGAGCAGGGACGCACGCCCUACAUGGAGCGCUUGGUCCUCCAUGCCGACCCGACCGUGACGCACGUCGGCUUUUUCGCCCUGACAAGGUCCCUGGUCUUCCGGUCUUCCCUCACAUCUCUCAAGUUGGACGGUCUUUUCAUGUUUGGAUAUUCCGGGGCUUUUCUCCUGUCGUGUGUUCUCCAGUGCAACACGCCGCUGGAAAUUCUCGAACUCAUUGGCACCAACAUCGGUGACUCUGGGCUGGCCAUCCUCGGAUGUGGGCUCAAACUGAACAAGCGCCUGAAGACCCUCCGGCUGGACAACAACAACAUCAGCCACGUGGGGAUCUGCGCCCUAUCCUCGGCGUUGGGCAACAACUCCACUCUCACGGACCUGUCGCUCAAUCGCAACCACAUCGGUCCGGCGGGGUUCUGCUAUCUGACCGGCGCCCUGGCCUGCAACCAGUCCAUCCUCCGGCUUUACCUGAACGACACCAAUCCCCAGAAGCUUGGCAUCAUUGCCCUGGUCCAGCACCUGGACAAUCCCUCGACCACGGUCCCCAGCCUGCUGCACUUGAACAACAACAACAUUGGCGACCAGAACUUCGAGGUUUUCCCCAUUGCUCUCUACACCAACCGCUCCUUGAAGGAGCUCUCCCUCCAGGGCAACAAUCUGACCUCGGCCAGCAUCGAGGUCCUGGCUGAUGCCCUCAUUUUCAACACCCAUCUCAAUGAGCUGAUUCUCUGCAGCAACCUGAUCGAUGACCACGGGGCGGUGUGCUUGUCGGCGGCCCUGCUUCGAAACCGCCAUCUGACCGAGAUCGACCUGCUUUCCAACUUCAUCACCGACGUCGGUGCGGUGGCCUUCUCCAAGUCGCUGCGCAUCAACUCCACCCUGUCACACCUUCACCUGGAUUACAACUCCGGCAUCACCAACCGCGCGGCCGAGUCCUUCAUCCACACACUCUCGCGGUAUAACAGCUCGUUGAUUGUCCUCAGUCACCACAAGACCGCCAUCGAGCCGGAUGUCUCGGCCCGCUUGAAGAUGUUCAUCAGCAUCAACCUGCGCGACUUCGACGCCACAACCGACUGGGAUUUGGUUUUGUCCAAGCCGAUUGUCAGCUUCGCCGAUACCUAUGUUUCCACAGAUGGCUUGCCAUUCCUGGUGUCGGCUCUGUCGCUGAACACCACGGUCGUCACGUUGAACUUGUGCUCGCUCGAGAGCAAUCGCACUGUGGAGAAUAUCUUCUACGGCGACAACAGCGGGCAUCCGCUGCUGCCGCUGAAGGGCUUGCAGCAGGCCCUCGAGCAUAACCAAUCCAUCAAACACAUUUACAUUUGCAAUGAGGUGCUCGGCAAUGAGGGGGCCCAGCAUCUGGCCGGAAUCAUUCUCCAGAACACCCGUUUGCAAGUCCUCCAGCUUCACAAUGUCGACCUUGGCGAUAGCGGCUCGACGUACAUUUCCCGUGCUUUGGCAUCCAACUACACCAUCCGCUCCUUCGAGUGCUACGGUGACACGAGCCUCCUCUCGGACCCGGCGCAGAUGAUGCUCAUCUCGCGCUACCUCCGCCGGAACUACGCGGCUGCCAUCGACUAUCCCCUCUACUCGCCGUUCUUUGUGUCGACAUAUGAGCUGUCCAAAAACAUCACCUAUCGCCUGUCAAUGGGGGAGAAGAAAUCCGAGAUUGCCCUCUUGCCCCAGGCUCUCUCCGAUUUUGAGGCCGACUCUUCCAAGCCCACUCGCUCGCUGCUCAGUCUCAAGUACUCCCAGAUCACCAACACCCCUCCGGUGGAUCAGCACGACCCGGAGGCCGUGUAUGAGGAUCUGCUCCUUCGGUCGGCCAUGUACCGGUCAGCCACCAGUGACACGGCUCGCUUCAAGAUCCCCCUGCCGGUGUGCGACCCACGUGCCGGGCCGUCCCAGGAGGGGCUUCGGCCGCCGGUCCCCGCUGCCAGCGGCGGCGGGGCAGGUCACAGUGGCAGCGGCGGCCGGUCCGGCGCUUCACACCACCAGACCCCGCCGCAUUCGGCCAGCAACUCCCCCUCGAUAGGGCCCGGCAUGGCCGGACGCAAGGCCAGUGCCACGCCGGCCGCUUCGGCCGCUGCCGCCCCCUCCCCCGGCGGGACUUCCGUUGUUUCCGGCGCCGCCCCGGCCGGCUCUGCCAGCGGGCCAGCGGACCGACUCCGGGGGACAUCCUUGCAGCAUGACCCCGUCAUUGACCAGCUCCUGGCGCCCGACUCGCCCACCACCUCCGGCUACCCCCGGCAGUAUAUCUGCCCCAUUUCAGGGAAGUUCAUGACCGACCCGGUGGUCGCGGCCGAUGGGCACAUCUACGAUUCGGUGUCCAUCAGCGAGUGGCUCGAUUACCAGUGCAUCGUCUCGCCGAUCACCCUGCAGGUCCUUCCCCAUGUGGAGCUCAGUCCGAGCGCCGCCCUGCAGGCUCGCCUUCGCGAGUGGCAAUACCGUCGACUGUCACACCUGGCCCCUCUGGAAGAAUAG